GCUCUGCACGAUAAUGGUAGCAACAGAAAAUGGCGGACACGCUUCUUGUCACAGCGCUCAGAUCGAAACCUAAAUCCCUUAAUUUAAGCAAUAAAAAACUUGACAGGGUACCGAAAGCUAUUGGAAAGCUUGACUGCAUUCUCCAUCUCCAAUUGAAGAACAAUAGAUUGAAGACAUUGCCGUAUGAGCUGACCUAUUUGUAUCAGUUGCAGAUAUUGAAUUGUGGGAAUAAUGAGUUUGAAGAACUGCCAGAUGUUAUUGAACAUCUCACGAUGUUGGAAAAGUUGCAUUUAUUCAAUAACAAAAUACAUACGUUGACACCGAAGGUUCUCAUGAGCUUGAGAAGUCUAUCUUUCCUCAAUCUGAAUAAAAAUUGUUUGAAAACACUUCCACCAGAAAUAUGCAGAUUAAUUAACCUACAAUUUCUAAGUAUAGACAAUAAUGUGCUGACAGAGUUACCUGUAGAACUGUGUGCUUUAACGAGACUGGAGGAAUUCCAUGCAGCAAACAAUCAACUCACAAAUCUCCCGCUAGAAUUCGGAUUUCUAAUUAACUUAGAAAAACUGCAUUUACAGAAAAACAGAAUACGAGAAUUACCAGAAAGUAUUGGAAAAUGUUACAAACUUAGAACACUAGACAUAGCAGCAAAUGAUCUGCGAAUAUUUCCUACAGAGUUACAUAAUAUACCACUGAAGGACAUGUUUUGUGAGGAAAAUCCUCUGUUACAACAUAUACCUGUACACUCUGUCCAGGAAGAGGAGGUACUCUCACUGAAGGAAGUUUGUGCAAGAUACGUGAUGAAAGAGUUGAAGGACAGACGUCCAGACAAGAGGUGGUCGUAUUUGAGACGUGCAAUAAAACAUUAUCCACAGAUCAGAGAGAUGUUGGCUCAAGCUAGUAGAUGUGCUGUGUGUGGGGAGUCAUUCUUGAACACAUGGCUUGAAUGUGUAAAGUUUGUUGAUGCUAAAUCAGACCUCAGGUUGAACAAUUUGAAUGGACUGGUUCCGGUACGAGCUCUGCUCUGCUCUUACAAGUGUUUUAACUCAAAAGGACAUGAUUAUUAUGGAGUAGCAUUCCCUUGAACAAAGAUGGAGUGAUGUGAACUAUGGAAAUGAUUUAUUCUUGAUUCAGUGCAGUAAAAUCAUUAAAUAUAUCAGAAAAAAGUGAAAAAGUGAACAAAUUACGUCUUAUUUAUUGGAGAAAAGAGUUAACAAAAUGUAAAUUUAACACUAGAGGUGGAAAAUAUAUCUUUUAAGGACCUUUAAUACUUAAAAUUGUUCUAAAAAUGAGAGUUGUCUGGUGAUAGUUAAAAUUUCAGUUAUAGUACUUAAAUGUAUAACAUUCUGUACUAAACCUGUCUGUGCAAUGUUACUGGUCUGGUGUGGAAAUACAGGACUCACUGGUAUUGAAACAAGGAGGAAUGCUGUUAGAAUGGAUGUGUUUUAACAGUUAAGCACCGAGUAUAUCCGAGGGAUUACUCUUGUAAUAUUACAAAAUGUACAUACGUGUGACGCUGUGCAUAAAGUAAGGCUAGGGUUUUGCAACAAGCUAGGAUCCAGAUCAGUACACAGCAAUACUGUUCAUUUAUCCCAACAUCUAUACUGUUUAUCAAUUUCAGCACUUGUAUGCAACUGGUAAGUGAACAGUAUGAAUCCAGAGCAGACUGCAUGGAUGUGAAGGCGUAUCUGAAUCUGGAUCCAUAGUGGUCACAAAGCCCGAACAUUGGUUGUCAGUCAGAGACUCACAUCUCUAUAUUCAUGAAAUGUGUCAAUAUUUUAAUAGAAUCUUUGAAGAUAUUGAAUUCUGCCAGAACACAAUUGAAGAAACAUCCUAUGUCUUAAUGAAAUUGAAAGAUUGUUGUGCUUAGGUUGUAGGUUGAACUUGCAUUGUAAAUUUCAACAGGCCAGUCAUUUGUGUAAAAUACGAUGUAAUACUAGACCAGCUUAGUUUGGUUACAUCUUUCUCCAGCCUCACUCUAGUGGCAUCUGUAACAAUUGAAAUGGGCUACCUUAAUUAUGAUUUACUGAAUAAAAUGCUGAAAACUGUUUUAUGGUAUUAGAACGAGCUGCUUUAGAAUUGAAAUCUACCUGUGUCUGUUUCAGUGCAUUUAACUUAAAGGUGGUUCUUCUCAUGUGUACAUAUUUUUUUUCUGAGGUUUCACAUACAGACACAUAUUUAAAGGAAAGUCUGAAGCUGUGUCAUGAACCUUAAGAAAGGUAAAUGUCUGAAAAAGUUUAAUUUUGCAAUACAGCAUGCAUAUUUUAUAAAAUAAAUUGAUAGUUUAUUAUUAUGAUAUUAUGAAGCAAUUUUUUUGCUGCUGCCAUCACAUAUACAUUCUUGAAUAGUCAAGCAUAUUGUCCUCCCAAAUAGCUCUUGUUACAGUCUAUUUUACAUUUUUGUAACUUUGUUGCUAUGCAGAAAAGAAUUCAAUUAAGAGUUAAUCUGUCUUGAAUAUUUAUCUCCCCCUUUUUCAUAAGUUUGUCAUUUAAGUUAUAUAUUUGAAUCUGGAAAUUCAAAAAUUGGGAUAUUGAAAAACAGUUGCACAUGUCCUGUCUCCAGGGUGUAUUUGUGGAGCAUAAACCAGUUUAAGUGUUGUUAAGCUCUUGUUUAUAUUUGUUUUAUAUAGAACUGUGAUAUAUUAAAAAAAUUCUUUGUUAAA